AUGCACCAGCUCCGUGACUCUGUCCUCAACUUCAUUCACGCGGGGCAGCCCCGCACGCUGUUCAAAGAAGGCUGGAAUGAUCCACUGGGAGAUGUCAUCUUUGCCUGCGACGAGAAGGUUUCUGUGCAGUCCAAGGACUGCAAAGGGCCUUGCCAGAAAGUAGACAAGGCUUGUUCCGCUUGUGUGAAGUUAUGCAGAAGGAAAAACUUCCGCGCCUGCAUUGCCUCCAAAAGCUAUCUCAUCGACCUCGCCAGGUAUGCCCACAAGCUAUUUCACGCUUCUGCCGAGGAAGUGCAGAUUUUGGUUGAGGAGAUCACAUCCAGGGAUUACAGGCUUCUGGAAUUGGCAGGAAAUGACUUUGAGGCCAUCUGCGCCAUGCCGAGCAAGGUGUCCCAAGUGGCCAAGAUCAGAAGCCAUUGGGAACACAUUCCUGCGUGGCGCUUCAGUGAUGCCAUGCAAGCGUUCAAGCAGCACUGGCUCCCAAAGACAGAUCUCUAUCACAGCACAGAUAUUCAGGCGCAGGCCCAUGCAAGCUUAGUGGCAUCGCUAGGCCAAUCAGUAGCCCAAGGAACGGUCCGGCAACUGGAUCUUAGUCUCGCUUCGAAGAUAGCAGCCGGAGCACUUCGUUGUGACUCCCUUGUGGACGGCUUGAUCACAACGUUUCUCCAGACCUUGGAUUCUUCCUUGCGGAACAAACGUCGUCGCGCUUCUGGGCAGUGGAUUGACGCUGAGGCUCUCAUGGAUGCUGCCCACACACUCGGCAGGGGCCCAGAGGCUGCAUCCUUACUGUUUAGGUUCCGUGUCAACAGCAAGUUGCUCCCCAAAUUGAGCUUCAAUUGUUCUGCGCUUCCUGACAGCUUCGUGUCCAUUCGAGACAGAGAGAUCUUGAAGCAGAGUUACCAGAAGAUACAAUGCCUCUUGAAGGCCCCCUCAGGCCGCCUUCACUUGGUAGUAGACGAAACUACUUGGAGCCCCAGCUAUCAGCAGGCAAGGCAGUUUCGCGAUGGCGAGGACCGCAUUCUAGGCGGUGCUUGGGACGUGGAGGCGUCCAAUGAUUGGUCCUGCCUAGCACCCGAAAAACAUUCCCUUGCCUCCCUUCCCAAGCAGCACAUGGCAAAGACAGCCCUGCACGUGGUUGCGCACCGCGUGGACUGCACCCGCUUUGUGUUUGAGCUUUGCUGCCUGCCCACUAGGACCGUGCUGGGCACUUCAGACGUCAUGUUCACUCUUCUUUCCCAAGUGUUGGACGCGGCCACUGAGGUCUCUGAUGGCCGGGCACCAUCCGGCAUUGCCUUUGAUGGAGCCACGGUCAACAGCAAGCUGCUCAGGUUCUUUGUUGGCCUCUUGCCGGCCGAAGAAUGGGAGUCACUUCCAUUCUUCCAGCAUUGCCGGAUCAACUACCCGAAAUUCAAAUACUGGCCAUUCGGGCAUGUGUUGCACAAGGAUGACCUGAUGGUUUCAUUUCACGGGGCAUGGCACCUCCAGAAAAGAUAUAGUCUGCAGUUCAUGAGCUCCGCACGAAAGGUUCGGUUUGCCGACUUGUUCACUGACCUGUCUUCGAUGCUCCAUGAGAAGCUACCUGUGCGUGCCUAUAUGUGCACGGAUGUACAGUCCGAUAAACAAGCCAUCAUGAGAUUGUCAGUGCCCUUCUUGACAAGAUCUUGGAGUGGGCUAGGGCAGAUUGCAUAUGCCUUGGUGGCCGCACUUCUGGCGUCCGGAACCACUGCUUCGCCUGGAUUUUCGAAGAGGGAAACAGCUGCCAACGCAUUCUCAGCUUUUUAUCUCCUGUUACUCCACGUGGUAUACAAUGACCAGAGCAAGAGGGAUGGGACAGAGUCAAUCCACAUCACAACGCUGAGGAACGCCACAGCACUUGCCUCUUGCAUCAUCACAGCUUGCAUGACAAGCGUCGAGCACAGACACAUCCAAGAGAAGACCGUGGAGGAACACUUCAGCCGAAUAAAGUCGGCUUACCGGGGUCACCCCUCUGUGCGAGAUGGCCAGUUUGGUGUGCUGUGCACACAUGCGAAGCAAGCAAAGCGGCUAGAACGAGAGACCCCGGAAACUUUGGGAUCGAGCUCUUCGUGUCAAAGUCGAGAAGCCCUCACGCACGAGGACUUGGUGAAGAUUGCGCAGACAGCCCUGGCAACCAGUGUUCAGUUCUUCUGCAUGCUUUGCGCUGAGGAGACGGGAGAUGAAUUGGUGUGGAAGCUCAUCAAGUGGUGGAAGGAGCGUGGUGAUUCCUUCUUCAGAAAGAUCGUUCCGCCUGAGGAUGAGGAAGAUGCCCUGAAGGAAGCUGAGAAUGAUGUGCACGAGGAUCUAGAUCAGGAUGAGGCGCCCCAAGUGCAGGCACAGAACUUCAACUUGUUGAAAACGGUCCAGGAUCGUGCUAUGGUGUGGGAAGAGCUCUGUGAUCUUCUCCAAGAUGGCGGUGACGGCAAGAAAUCUGGUCCAGCUGAGCGCCAGGAAGAGGAGGUUGAGGCCAAGCUGAGCGCACAUGAGGCAGCUGACCUCAUUCCGUUGGAGGGUGAGAUGGGCGAGGUGCCCAAAACGUUGCAUCAAGUUGUCCAGAAGGCCAUCAAGAAGCCUGAGUACAGCAAGUACGCGGUGGGGGAAAGCGCUGGUGAGUACUCCUGCCUCAAACGGGCGCACCUGUUGCUCGGCCCUGCGAGGCAGCUGAUCAGGUUGGUGCGCUUGGAGGAGGGGGUGUUGACAGAACUCAACAGUUGGAAUUUGCGAGAGGCGGAAUUGGCUGCAGCACGGAGAGCAGCUAACGUGUGUGGGCAGAGGUUGGCGCGCGCCAGUGCUUGGGCAGCGGCUACGGCUAAGCUGACCGAUCGCAUCACUGCAAAGCGUGGCGAUGGGCAAGGUGGACUUUCGGUGGUGGAGGAGUUCCGGCCACUGGAUGAUGCGGCGCCCCAGGUCUUGGUCUUCAAGCGUGACGCGGACACAAAGCCCGGCAUGGCUGUCACGCUCACGGUCUACAGGGGAUGCAUCUCCAAGCGAAAUGGCAAAGAAGUGGUAGAGGCUCAGGCUACGCAAACUCGAUUGCACAUCAGACCUUCCAGUGCAAGCAUGGAUGAUCUCCAGCGUUUGGGUGAUGCAGAACUUCCCUACAUCAAUCUGGAUAUCCCUGAGGCUGACACGAAAGCUUCUGCUGCGCAUGGCUCGGUGCCUGAGACUUUGCAGUUCACAGACCGCAGCUUCGGGCGAGCAACACUCGAUGGCUAUGUCAUGCUGCCCGGGAAAAAGAAGGAAUCGUGGGAUGGCCUGGUCCAGCGUGUGCCGGGCUUCUUCCUGGACCGGAUGAAGUCCACCAAGGGCUACAUGUUCUCAAAGGGUGUGUACACGCGGCUCAUGGAACUCAUGCCAACGAAAGGUGAAACAUCGCGGAAGAACUUGCUGGGUUUCCUGAAGGAUGUGGCGCAAGUUACGCCACCUGUGGUGAUCAUGAGUAGGGUCUUGAUCGGCUGGAGAUUCAAUGGUGUUGGCCAGGGCAAUGACGAAACGGUGCCGGAAGGCUUCGUACGCAUCCGCUACGCAGCCCAUGACAUGCGCCAGAAUCCCUGCCUGAAUGUGGCUGCCCGACACGUCAGCUUCGUCCCAAAGGAGGACGUUGUCCUCAAGGAGCAGCGCAUUGGCGUACGGGUGCGGCGAGGGCCCGAUUGGAAGUGGGGCAACCAAGACGGUGGCGCCAGCAAUUGGGGCACGACAGUGGUUGACUCCGAUCCAGACAUGCCGCUUAGAUGGAUCAAAGUUCAAUGGGACCACGGAGAGAAGAAGUCCUACCGCGUGGGUGCUGAGGGCAAGUACGACCUCAUCUUCGCAGUCGAAGAUGGCGACGUCGUGGAGCCAGAGCCUGAGGUGGACCAGGGACACGAUGAGGAGUGGCUGAACCCGGAUCAUGCCACGGAAUAUGAAUGCCCUGUCUGCAAAUGCGUUUGCAGAGCGGCCGUGUUCCAUGAGGCAUGUACAAAGCUUUUCUGCGAGCUUUGCUGGCACAAAGUCUUUGGCCAGAAAGAGGAGUGCCCUGUUUGCCGACAAGGCGGCGCAAUCGAACCUUCGAACAGAGACCGGGUCAAGAUCAUGAACCUCAAGAUCAAGUGUCCGAAUGGCUGCGCAGCCACAUUUCCGCUGGUGGACAAGCGAAGCCAUGUUCGAAUAUGCCCGCGGCGGAAGGUGCGCUGCCAGGAUUGCGGGGGAGCCAUUGGCCUUCAUUUGAUGCCGCAGCAUCAGAUUGAAUGCGAAGCCAAGUCUCUGGUAUGCAAGAUCUGCGGUGAGAGGGUCUUAGCCAAGCAAAUGCACACGCAUCUGGAAGCCAAUGCGGGCAAGCACAUUUCCGCGCUGCUGGACAAGAUCAGCGACAUGGAGACUAGCAAUCAGAAGCAGACACAGGCGUUGCAGGAGCGCAUCGAGAAGCUGGAGGGGGAGAUCCAGGAGCUGAAAGCAGGCGCUGCGGAGGAGGAGAACCCGCUGACGGUGCCAGAGGUCUUGGACUUCACUUGA